CCGAAGGCCUGGAGUGCUACAAGUGCAAUAGCACCAAGUCAUCGGACGACUGCGGUAGUAACAUGAAGAAGACGACAUGUCAAAGUGGUACAACAGAAUGUUGCGAUGGUGUCUACUCAACAACGGUCAUUAUUGACGGUCAUGAAACUACAUGUAAAAUAUACCAGAAGUAUUGUAAAGGGCAUGCAGGAAAUAUUGGAAAUGCGAAGUGCAGUGGAAAGUUCUCUUUUAGCUGGUCAAGGGCAAGCUCUUGUUGCUCUGGAAACCUAUGCAAUGCUGGCACACAUAACAGAGGAAGCCAAGCUCUUAUCGUGUCCAUGAUUGCUUCAGCAAUGAUGUUGUUUGUAUUUCAGUAAAUUAGCAYGCACUUCGCCCAUUUCUUUUGUUUAUUGUGAUCUAAGUUUAGAAAGGAAUUGUAAUUUACAUAGGAUGAGACUGUUGCAUGACUGAAGCUCUUCAAAAGCCCCUCCCUAAUAAAAACCAAAACUAUCCUAGCCCCUGUCACCUUACAGUAUGCUAUAGGCAUUUUUAAUCAAUUUGUAACACUAAUGUAUUUUUUCAACAAUAAUUUUACAGUUUAUCUAAUAAGCAGUUGAUAAUUCAACCAA